AUGGGAUUAAUUAUACUUGAUAUUGAUUUCAUAUUACUGCGAUUUCAUUUCCCUACGACCAAUAAUUAACGACAUUAUGUAUGAAUUUCUCGUCUUCAUUAUGUAUGAACUCGUAUUCCUCUUUCUAAAGAAACAGUCAUCAAACCGAUGAGAGAUUUCCUUCUCUCGAUCCGCAUGCGCAGUUGGCCUUGUGGAAAUGAUGGCUGCAACUAUGCGCGAAUGGGGGGAGAAGGAACUCUCUUUCCCUCCUCAUCUAGAAAGUAGAGGAGCAAAACUAGUUUCCACGAUCGGCGCGUGCGCAGUAGAAUUUUCUCCUGGAGUUCCUUGUAUAGUCGAUAUCUUCUCGUCUGCGUGCGGUGAAAGCAUUCUUUUUUUUAAUUAUUAUCGUUUUCUGCGUGUGUUUUGUAGAGUUCCUAGCGCCAUUUUUUAAUCAAAAAGAUUGGAACGUUUGUCGCAAAUCGUUGGUUUUUCUGUGAAUGCUAGGUAAAAGUUUUCAAAAUGCAACGUCGAUUUACUCAAUCAAAAGAUCCAGUGACUAUUAGUGAGUUGAAAAAGGUUAAGUUUUCGAUGUUGACUAUUGAUGAGAAAAUUGCUAUUAAAAGAAGAGGCCGUCCAACUCCUGAUCUUGAAUUAUCUGAAGUGGGUUUUUAUUCCACGAGGACUUUUAAAUCAACUUUCCACAGUGGUUGGUACGAAAAAAAAAGUUGGUUGUGCGGCUGCGAAGUAAAAAACGCUUUGUAUUGUUUUCCAUGCUUAUUAUAUGAUGGAGACUACAGGUGGACUCAAGGUUUCUCUAAUAUAAGGAAACUGAAAGAAUAUGCUGAUAAACAUGAAAUAUCAAAAAAACAUAUUGAGAAUGAACUUUCUUUGGCGCUAUUGGGAGUUGCGAACAUUAAAGGCAAGCAAAGUGAGGCUUACAGAAUUUCGAUCCAAGAACACAAUAAAAAAGUCGCUAAAAAUCGUUUGAUUUUGUCGAAAAUAAUCGAUUUCGUUCUAUUCUGCGGAACUUGUGAAGUCCCUUUGUACGGCCACGACGAAACAGGCGAUUCCGGUAUAUUCAGAGGGCUGGUGAAUUUUGCAUCCAAAUUGAACCCAGCGUUAGAAUUCCACUUGAAAACGAACACGACUUUUGAGGGUAUUUCUAAGACAUUUCAGAAUGAAAUAUUCGACUCUCUUUUUAAAGUUUAUAGAAGUCAAGUGAAGAAAGAAAUCGAAGAGGCCCCGUUUAUAGCUGUUAUGGUUGAUGACGUCACUGAUGUUUCUGAAUCUACACAGUUGGUUAUUGUUUUCCGGUACGUUCUAAAUGGAGAAAUAUUCGAACGAUUUUGGGGAUGCUUUGUUCCAGAUGAUCGAACAGCAGAAGGGAUAUCCAAAUGUAUUUUACAGCAAUUGAAUAUCGUUCUCCGAGACAAUGAACUUAAACUGAUUUCUCUGUCCCUAGAUGGCGCUUGUUUCAUGAGAGGUAACAAAGUAAAAAUUGAAGAGAAAAUUAACGAGUGUUAUCAAAAUGCGCGUCUUACACAUUGCUAUGCUCACCAACUAAAUCUCAUAAUGAAAAAUAUAGCAAGCGUCACUGAUUCGUCAAAAAUAUUUUUUUCUAACAUCACGGCCAUAUCAACUUUUUUCUCAAAAUCACCACAGCGUCAAUCUGCACUUAAAAACCAUAUAAACAUUAAAGUAGAAAUAUUCUGGGAUUCUUACCCUCGAACCAUAUGCGGUGUUUACGAAAAUUUGGAAAUUUUAAAGAAAUGCCUAUCUGUGUUAAAAACAUCAAACUCCGACACCACUCUGUCGGAGGCUGUUGGAAUUUUAAACAAUUUGAGUGAUAAGAAAUUCCUUUUUUGGUUGGAGAUAUUUUAUCUCAUAGUCCCUCAUAUAGAAAUACUCUAUAACCACAUGCAGAAUGGAAAUACAGAAGAUUCUACUUCUAAAGUUCUAGAAUACGUAGAGAAUUUUGAAUCUUGCAUUUCCGCAAUCAAAAAUUCCAAAUACUGUGAAAAUACCUCCUCGUUGCUUACUGCUGACGCAAAACUUUUUUUCGAAUACUUAUCCGAAGAUAUGGUAGAACGAUAUUCUUUUACGGGGCAUCUAUUAACCGCUAAUUUGCUUAACAAGAAAAAAUUCAUCAUGUUUAAGAAGUUGUUUCCGAGCGAAGAAAUAAAAUUAAUUGUUAAAGUAUAUUCAGGAAUCAACAAAUCAAAACUCGAAAAUGAGCUAAGGGUAUUCUACAAUAGUUCAGAGAUACACGAAUAUUCUAAAAUGAGUGAUUUGUUGAGCUUUAUUACAGAAAAUAAUUUGAAUUACAUUUUCGGCGAACUUAUAAAUUUGAUAAAUAUGCUCUUGACGAUUCCUAUGACCACCAAAGAACCCGGACGAUAUUUUUCCUCAUUGAAAAAAAUACGAACUUUUUUACAGAGUGCUAAGUCAGAAGAUCGUUUGAAUGCGCUGACGAUGAUUUUUACAGAACAAAAUUUUUUCGAUAGGCACUCCCAAUUGAAGGAUACAGCUAUUGAUCUUUUUUCCGUGAAUAAACAGAGAAGAAGGGAUUUCAGUUUCAAAAGUGGCGACUCAUUUUUUGAUGAAGAAACUCCUUUAAAAAAAUUUAAAAGGGAAGAAAAUACUCCUAAUCCGGAAAAAACAAAAUGGCCUGCGAAGCGGGCGUAUAAUAAAAAUCGUGUCAGGAAAUCUGAAAUCCAAUCUUCAUCUUCCCAGAAACCGAUGCCAUCAAAAUUAUCUGUUGCCUCAACCUUUGGAACAGCUCCUCGAGCCUCUAUCACUCCAGAUGUUUCAGACGAACAUUCAGAAUUCGAUUCAUCUUAUCAGAAUAGUUUUUCUCAUGGGAAUAUGGAGAUCAGAAUUAAAAAAGAACCUGUAGACUUCUCUGAUACUGAAGGAGAAUCAAACGAUAUGCUUGGAAAUUCUGAUGGUGAAUCUCUCUUUCAACCUAUGGGUUUAAUAGAAGAACAUCCUAUAACAAUAGAAGAAGAACCUAUGUUGACAGAAGAACAAUUCUAAUUCUAUUUUUCCGGUUUUCAGUUUUUCUUAGCAGAAUUUUUUAUUGUUCAGUGAAUAUCAUUGGCAUCAAGAAUAUGGAGAUAAAAAUUACAGAAAGAACCCAUAGACCUCUCUGAUAUUGAAAGAGAAUCGAACGAUACUUCUGGAAAUUCUAAUGACGAAUCUCUCUUUCAACCUAUGGGUUUAAUAGAAGAACAUCCUAUAACAAUAGAAGAAGAACCUAUGUUGACGGAAGAUCAACUCUAAUUCUAUUUUUCCGAUUUUCAGUUGUUCUUAGCAGAAUUUUCUAUCGUUCAGUGAAUAUCAUUGGCAUCAAGAAUGUUGAGAUUACAGAAAGAACCCAUAGACCUCUCUGAUACUGAAGGAGAAUGGAACGAUACUCCUGGAAAUUCUAAUGAUGAAUCUCUCUUUCAACCUAUGGGUUUAAAGAAGAACAUCCUAUAACAAUGGAAGAAGAGCCUAUGUUGACAGAAGAACAACUCUAAUUCUAUUUUUCCGAUUUUAAGUUAUUCUUGGCAGAAUUUUUUAUUGUUCAGUGAAUAUCAUUGGCAUCAAGAAUAUUGAGAUUACAGAAAGAACCCAUAGACCUCUCUGAUACUGAAGGAGAUUCGUAUAACUAUACAACUAUAAUUACCAAUGGUGAAUCUCUCUUUUAACCUAUGGGUUUAAUAGAAGAACAUCCUAUAACAAUAAAAUAACCUAUGUUGACAGAAGAACAACUCCUACGUUGGUAGAAUAACAAUAAUCAAGCCUUUUUUUCGAAUUUUGAAUCGAACUUUUACUCAUCGCAUAGUAUUCAUCGUUCAAAUCACAGUUUUGUUUUAUAUUAUUUUUUUUCUGUUACACUUUUUUUUCUCUUGAAAAUUAUUUACGGCUUGA